UCUACAGUCAAAGGUCACUUAACUCAGCCACGGUCUCUUACUAAAGGAACCAGUUGCCAAUUCUGCUCCCGUGUAAGAAAACAAGAUUUUCCCAAUGGACUCUCUAGCAAAAUCUGUCAACCAAUUUGCUCUGGAGCUUAGCAAAAAGCUAGCUGAAUCUGCUGAGGGUAAAAAUAUCUUUUUUUCUCCUUGGGGCAUCUCAACCUCCUUGGCCAUGGUGUAUUUGGGCACCAAAGGCACCACUGCAGCCCAAAUGUCCCAGGUUCUUCAGUUUAGCAGAGACCAGGACAGCAAAUCUUGUCCUGACAGUUUUGAAAAGAAAAGGAAAAUGGAAUUCAACGUAGGCAAGGCUGAAGAAAUAUGCUCUAAUUUCCAGACGCUUAUCUCAGAAAUCAACAAUCCCAGCAAUGCUGGCAUACUUAAAACAGCCAACAGGAUCUAUGGGGAGAAAACGUAUCCAUUUCACAAUAAAUAUUUACAAGACAUGAAAACAUACUUUGGCUCAGAGCCACAGUCUGUGAACUUUAUGGAAGCUUCUGACCAAAUCAGAAAGGAGAUCAACUCUUGGGUUGAAAGCCAGACUGAAGGAAAAAUCCUGAAUCUCCUACCUGAUGAUGCUGUGGAUUCUGCAACCAGAAUGGUUCUGGUAAAUGCCCUUUACUUUAAAAGAAUUUGGGAACAUCAAUUCUUGGUCCAAAAUACCACAGAAAAGCCUUUCAGAAUAAACAAGACUACAAGCAAACCAGUGCAAAUGAUGUUCAUGAAAGAAAAACUUCCAGUAUUUUACAUAGAAGAGCCACAAGCCAUAGGCCUUCAACUCUUCUAUGAGAGCCGUGACCUCAGCCUACUCAUACUACUGCCGGAAGACAUCAGUGGGCUGGAUCAGCUGGAAAAAGCCAUCACCUAUGAGACGUUGAGUAAGUGGACCAGCACAGACAUGAUGGAGCUGUGUGACGUGCAGCUGCAUCUUCCCAAGUUCAAGCUGGAAGAGACCUAUGAUCUCAAGUCAACCCUGAGCAGUAUGGGGAUGAGCGAUGCCUUUAACCAGAGCAAAGCAGAUUUCUCAGGAAUGUCUACGGAGAGAAACCUAUUCCUGUCCAAAGUUUUCCAUAAGUCUUUUGUGGAAAUAAAUGAACAAGGUACAGAGGCCGCGGCUGGUACUGGGAGUGAGGUGAGUUUUCGAAUUAAACUCCCCUCCAUUGAAUUCAAGGCAGACCACCCGUUCCUCUUCUUCAUCAGGCACAACAAAACCAACAGCAUUCUAUUUUACGGGAGAUUCUCCGUCUGCUCUCAGGCCGGGGCAGGAGGGUGCGCGCGGGGCUCAGCCUCCGCCCGGAAGUCCAGCCUGGGGGUGCGGAGUCCGAGAUUGCACAGAACAGCGCCAUCUCCCGGUGCUCUGAGUCACCGCCGGAAGCCGGCCCGAAAGCAAAGCGGACGUGAAGCAUCCACCAAGCUGGAAGAGCAGCGGCCACCGCAACAGCUGGAAUCUCCCAGACCUUCACUGAUGGAUGAUCUCUGUGAAGCAAAUGGCACUUUUGCCAUCAACUUAUUAAAGCUGCUGGGUGAAAAGGACAACUUGCGAAACGUGUUCUUCUCUCCCCUGAGCCUCUCCUCUGCCCUGACCAUGGUCUUAAUGGGGGCCCAAGGAAACACUGCGGCGCAGAUGUCCCAGGCACUUUGUUUGAACAGAGGUGGAGAGAUUCACCAAGGAUUCCAGUCACUUCUCAUGGAAUUGAACAAAUCUGGCCCUCAGUACUUGCUCAAAACUGCCAACAGACUCUUUGGGGAAAAGACAUGUGAUUUCCUGCCAGCCUUUAAGGAAUCCUGCCAGAAGUUCUUUCAGGCAGGCCUGGAGGAACUGUCCUUUUCUAAAGACACUGAAGAAUGCAGGAAACACAUAAAUGACUGGGUGACGGAGAAGACUGAAGGAAAGAUUUCAGAGAUACUGGGGGCUGGGGCAAUCGGUCCUCUGACUAAGCUGGUCCUCGUGAAUGCAACCUAUUUCAAAGGGAAGUGGAAUGAGCAGUUUGACAGGAAGCACACAAGGGGAAUGACCUUUAAAACCAACAAGGAGAAGAAGACAGUGCAGAUGAUGUUUAAGCAAGCUAACUUUAAAAUGGGGUAUGUGGAGGAGGUGCACGCCCAGGUCCUAGAGCUGCCCUACGUGGAGGAGGUGCUGAGCAUGCUCAUUUUACUGCCUGAUGACAACACGGAUCUCGCUGUGGUGGAAAAGGCACUUACAUAUGAGAAGUUCAGAGCCUGGACAAAUCCAGAAAAGCUGACUAAGGAUAACGUUCAAGUUUUUCUUCCCAGAUUAAAGCUGGAGGAGAGUUACGACCUGGAGGCUUUUCUUCGAAGUUUAGGAAUGACUGAUGCUUUUGAGGAAGCCAAGGCCGACUUUUCUGGAAUGUCAGCCGAGAAGAACGUGCCCAUGUCCAAGGUCGUGCACAAGUGCUUUGUAGAGGUCAAUGAGGAGGGCACGGAAGCAGCUGCGGCCACUGCCGUGGUCAGGAACUCCCAGUGCAGCAGAACUGAACCACGGUUUUGUGCAGACCACCCUUUCCUUUUCUUCAUCAGACACCACGAAACCAACAGCAUUUUGUUCUGCGGCAAGUUCUCUUCUCCAUAAAGAGCUGCAGUCGUUGUACGUCACGCUGCCCACCCUGCCUUACUUCAAAUUCCCUGUGACCAAAUUGAUGUGGUGGUUUUGUUUGUUUGUUUGUUUGUUUUUGCGGUACGCGGGCCUCUCACUGCUGUGACCUCUCCCGUUGCGGAGCACAGGCUCCGGACGCGCAGGCUCAGCGGCCACGGCUCACGGGCCCAGCCGCUCCGCGGCACGUGGGAUCUUCCCGGACUGGGGCACAAACCCGUGUCCCCUGCAUCGGCAGGCGGACUCUCAACCACUGCGCCACCAGGGAAGCCCUGAUGCAGUGGUUUGAAUGCCAAAAUAAAGUGUAAUUAUGAUAACA